CCCUUUCCAUAACCCGCGCGCACCGCGGGGCGCGUCCGCACCGCACCGCACCGCACCGGCGCUGCCCCGCAGCGGUGGAUGGGCGGGGGGUGCCGGGGGGGGCGGAGGGUCCGGUCCGGCCAUGGCGCGGCGGCGUGCGGUGCUUCUGCUGCUGUGCGCGGUGCUCCGCUCCGCUGCCGCCUUCAACCUGGACACCGCCUUCCCCGUGCUGAAGGAGGGGACCGCGCCGAGGGGCUUCUUCGGCUUCUCCGUAGCGCUGCACCGGCAGAGCGAGCGGGGGGAGCGGUACCUGCUGCUGGUGGGAGCCCCCCAGGAUGAGGAGCCACAGAACGGCACGAGGACGGGGGCUGUCUAUGCCUGUCCCCUCUCCGCCUCCAAAAGCGACUGCGAGCGGCUCGACAUCGAGCUGAAAAGUGAGCCCGACAAGUACAUCAUUGAGGACAUGUGGCUGGGGGUGACAGUGGCCAGCCAGCGGCAGCCGGCCGGCAGGGUGCUGGCGUGCGCUCACCGCUACACCAAAGUGCUGUGGUCGGGCAGUGAGGACCAACGGCGCAUGGUGGGUCGCUGCUACGUGAGGGGCAACGACCUCAGCCUGGACCUGAGCGACGAAUGGCAGACGUACCACAACGAGAUGUGCAACUCCAACAUGGAUGCUGAGGAGACGGGCAUGUGCCAGAUGGGCGCCAGCGCCGGCUUCACUGCCAACAUCAUCUAUUUUGGAGCACCUGGAGCCUACAAUUGGCAGGGUACCAAUUACAUGCUGCAGCGGGAGACGUGGGACCUGCACGACUUCUCCUACCCCAACGAGAAGAACGGCAACACCUACAUAGGGUAUGCAGCGGAGGUGGGCAGCGGGGUGCUGCAGCAGGAGGCGGUGACGGUGGUGGCCGGAGCCCCCCGAUAUCAGCACACCGGGGCUGUGUACCUGCUGAGUGCCAGCCCCCAGCAGACCCUGCAGAGGAGUGGGCUGCUGCAGGGCCGCCAGGUCGGCUCCUACUUCGGCAGCGCGGUGGCCCUGGCGGAUCUCAACAAUGAUGGGUGGCAGGACCUGGUGGUGGGAGCCCCCUACUACUUCAAGCGGAAGCAGGAGGUGGGGGGGGCCGUCUAUGUGUACAUGAAUGAGGCGGGGGGCUUCCAGCCCGAGCCCAGCCUGGAGCUCACCGGGCCCAGCUACUCCGCCUUCGGCUUUGCCAUCGCCAGCAUAGGGGACAUCAACCAGGACGGCUUCCAGGACAUCGCCGUGGGGGCUCCCUUUGAGGGGCCGGGCAAAGUGUACAUCUACCACAGCAGCGCCGAAGGACUGCAGCGCACCCCCAGCCAGGUGAUCAGUGGGGCAGAGCUGGGCCCCGCCAGCAUGCACACCUUUGGCUACGCGCUCAGCGGAGGGCUGGACGUGGAUGGCAACUCCUACCCCGACCUGCUGGUGGGCAGCCUGGCUGAGCGCGUGGUGCUGCUCCGUGCUCGCCCCGUCAUCAACAUCGUCGAUAAAACCUUCACCGUCACCCCCAGCAAAGUGGACCCCGCACGUUGCACGCCCGACUCCUGCAUCACAGUGACCGUCUGCUUCACCUACAACCAGAGCGCCGGCGACCCCGCGUACAAGGAGAGGAUCACCCUGGAGUACACCCUGGAGGCGGACAAGGAGCGGCACCCCCCCAGGGUGAGGUUUUUGGGGACACACUCUGCCACGUUCCGCGGCACCUUCCCCAUGCCUGACACGCGCUGCGAGAGCAAGGAGCUGCUGCUGCUGGACAACGUCCGUGACAAGCUGCACCCCAUCGUGCUCUCCAUGAACUACUCGCUGGUGGAGCAGCCCCGCAGCUUCCAGCUCGGCCCCCAUUCCCUCAAUGCAUUCCCCGUUCUCAACCAGGACCAAUCCCAUCAGAACGAGACCAAGGUGGAGUUCCAGAAGGAGUGCGGCUCCGACAACAAGUGCUACAGCAACCUGCAGCUGCAGAGCGCCUUCGUCACUGAGCAGAACCACCCCCUGCCCAGGCUGAAUGGCACUCAGGUGCUGCACUACAGCCGGGACACACGCAAGCUGCACCUGAGCAUCAACAUCACCAACGCACCCACCUCUGCCUCCAAUGGGGAGGAUGCCCACGAGGCUCUGCUCAACAUCACGGUGCCCAGCAGCCUCCUGCCCUCCUCCGUCCGCCCCAGCGGUGCGUGCACCUUUGCGGAGACAGUGCUGUGCGAGUUGGGAAACCCCUUCAAACGGAACCAGAGGGCAGAGCUGAUUAUCACCUUCGAGGCCAUCGGCAUCACGCUGGACACGCGGGAGGUGGCGCUGUGGUUGGACCUGUCCACGCAGAGCACGCAGGACGACCUGCAGCCCGUGCUGGCCCAGCUGCUGGUGGACUACAGCCUGCAGUCCUCGCUGAGCGUAGCCCCCGCGCACGUGCAGUCCCACUUCAGCGGGACGGUGAUGGGCGAAUCGGCCAUGCGCAGUGAGCAGGAUGUGGGCAGCCCGCUGGCCUUCGACUUCCAGGUGACGACCAAGGGCGAGGCGCUGGGCACGCUGGGCACCAUCGUGCUGGGCUUCGAGUGGCCCUAUGAGAUCCCCAAUGGCAAAUGGCUGCUGUACCCCACCGAGAUCCAAAUCAACAGCAACGGCAGCUGCAGCCCCCCCGGGGGGGUCAUCAACCCCCUCAACCUCACGCUGCUGGAGGAUGGGACCCCCACUCGGCACCGACGGGAGCUGGGGGGGGCUGAGCCUGGAGAGCCCCCCAUCACCCUGGCCACGGGCAAGAAGGCGAAGUCAGAAGUGCUGCUGAGCUGCUCCCAGGGCACCGCGCGCUGCAUUUGGUUCGAGUGCCCCAUCCCUGCAGCACAGCACCCCGCAACCUUCCGUGUCCGCGCUCGGGUGUGGAACAGCACCUUCAUUGAGGAGUACCGCAGCUUCGACCGGGUGAAGGUGGACGGCACCGCCACGCUGUUCCUCCGCACCCACAUCCCCACCAUCAACAUGAGGAACCACACGGUGCGGUUCUCAGUGGAUGUGGACUCGGAGCUGACGGAGGAGCAGCCCCCGCAGGUCGCGCUGUGGUUGGUGUUGGUGGCGGCGGCGGCGGGGCUGCUGCUGCUGGGGCUGAUCAUCGUGCUGCUGUGGAAGUGCGGUUUCUUCCGGCGGGCCAGCACGCGUGCUAUGUACGAGGCCAAGGGGCAGAAGGCGGAGAUGCGCAUCCAGCCGUCGGAAACCGAGCGGCUGACGGAUGACUACUAACGUGGGGGGGGGGGCGGAAACGCAGCCCCACUGCCCCCCCCCCCCCCCCCGUCGGCGCCCGCGCCGCCCGCCCGUGCGACUUCUUCCAGCGGACGCGCUAUUACCGGGUGAUGCCCAAAUACCACGCGGUGCGGAUCCGGCAGGAGCAGCGCUACCCGCCCGCCGGCCCCCGGCGCAAGAAACACUGGGUGACGAGCUGGCAGCAGCCAGACAAGUACUACUGACCUUCCCCUUCCCCCCCUCCCCCCCUUUCCGAGCCCCCCGCCCCGGGCCAGGGCAGCGGUUGGGUUGCGGUGUGACUUUGCACAAGCGCAGCAUCGCUCCUUCCCUGCGGCUCGCGUGCCCCUCGCACGCCCCUGUGCCUCUUUGCACGCUUGGGGAUGGGGGGAGCGUCGUGCGUUGCCCCCAUCGGGUCCUCCUGAGUGCCUUCCUCGUGGUCCUGUGCUGACGCUCUCCCCCCCUCCUGGGCUGGGUCCCCACGGCGGGGCGCCCUGUUGCACGUGGGGACACGUCCUUGCACAUGGGGACACGCUCAUUGCCCCCCCCGGUGCACCCCCCUUCCCCCCCCGUCUUGGCCUGUGCGCUGGGUUUGGGGCUCCCCCCAGCUAUGGGGGUGCUCGUGCCUUCCUCCCCUGCUUCCUCCUCCUCAUCCUGCACCUUCAGCCCUUGCUGGGGAUAGGUGCAGAAUGGGAGCUUGUCGUGCCCCCUCCCUCCCCCCCACAGAAGCUGCAGUCCCUAUGGGGGGCUCUGGGGGCUGCCCCCCCCCAUCAGCACAGCUCCGGGGGUUAAAUUAUUCCAUGUCUCUCUGUGCGUUUUGGUGUCAAACCCCAGAGUGGGAUCGGUACUGGGGUUGGGGGGUGGGGGGGUGUCUGUGUCCCCCCCCCCUCCCGGCCCAUGCUCACCCCCCAUCUGCUGGGGGCCAAUAAAGCCUUGCUCUGGGAUUUGUAACCUCU